AUGGAGGCUUUUGCAGAAUUAGCUUAUUCGGUUCAACCACUCUAUGAGGUUGUUAGACAAGCAAAGAAGAUUGAGUCAAAUAUUUUCGAAGCUUCUAAUUCAAAGGAAUUGAUUGAAGACAAAACCAAAAUUCAUUUAGAGCAAUUGGCCACAAAGUCUAUUCUUGAUUCGAUGGACAAACGAAUAAAGCAAAUUAAGGAGGAAACGGAAAUGAAAGGAAGAUCUAUAAAUAUUGAUAACAUCAAUUAUAUUAUCAAUAACGAAAACGAUGAAGAAGAUGUAAAAAGAAUUAAAGAAAUAUUACAAAUAGAAGAGCGACUACUUAAAGAAUCGUGGCAAAAAUAUAUUGAUGAACAAAUGGGUCGUUUACAUCAACAACGACAAAUGCAUUCUGAACGUUUAAGAUUAUCAAUACAAAAUAUGCAACUAAAUCAACAACAAAAUUUGAUAGCAUUGAAAUCAGUAUGGAAUUAG